AUGAAGCGGUUGACUAAUGCCAAACCUCGUCCUAAGCUCCCAGACUAUUGUGAUGUCGAGCCACGACGCGAUGAUGCUGGGAGGAUUAUAUGGCCUGCCCCGCAGCCCGCCAUGGACAAGGCCAGAGAAUUCAUUAAGGAAUGUGCUGCCAGUGGCAAGAAGACCUUGAUUGUGCCAGACAAAGAUGCUGAUGGCCUCUCAUCAGGCGUCACGUUAUAUCGAACGCUAACAACCCUGGGCCUGGACCUCUCGUUAAUCGACGUCCAUCUGGUUCAAAAGGGCUCCAAUAUCCAUGUUCAGUCCGAACGUGAAGCUAUGGCUGCAAAGAAUCCAGCUUAUAUCUUCGUCCUGGAUCAAGGCUCUAUGGCCGCACCACCGGUCACUGAUUCACCGAGCACCAAAUCUCUAAUCAUCGAUCACCACUUGAGCGAUCACUUUCCAGAAGGUGCCCAAGUAGUUUCCGCUUGUCAUUAUCCACCCGUAGCAACGACGUCCUUACUCACGUAUGAGAUUUGCACACCACUUGCCCCCGAGAUUACUUCGUCUUGCGCCUAUCUUGCCUGCAUUGGCACUCAUGGCGAUUUGGGCAACACCUUGAAAUGGUCUCCUCCGUUUCCGGACAUGACGGAGACGUUCAAGAUCCACACGAAGAAGUCCAUCAAUGAUGCUGUGUCUCUCGUCAAUGCUCCUCGUCGAACAACGAAAUACGAUGUCAUGACGGCAUGGACUGCCCUGCUUCACUCCAAGGACCCAAGAGAUCUUCUGAACAAUGGCCGACUCCAAAGUGCGCGAGCAGAAAUCAAUACAGAAGUCGAGUUAAAUACCCAUACUCCUCCCAAAUUCAGUUCCGAUGGAAGAAUUGCAGUUCUGCGGAUUAGCACCCCCGCACAAGUUCAUCCGGUCAUAGCAACCCGUUGGGCAGGAUACCUCAAUUCAAAAGCUUUAGAGAUAGUCAUCUGCGCCAACUCUGGCUAUCUUCCUGGUAUGGUAAAUUUCUCUUGUCGAAUUGCUCGCUGCGCAAGAACAAGAGACCCUCCCGUCAAUAUAAUCGAGAGUCUGAAAGCCGCAGCAGAUCUUUCGGCUGAUGGGCUCAAGGAUAGAUUAGGAGAGAGCUUCGCAAGAGGACACAAGGAAGCAAGCGGUGGGGUUGUGCCCAUGGAAGCUUUCGAGGAAUUGAUGCAAUUGCUAAAAAUUGGCGAGAGGCCAGAAAAGAAAGAAGAUGGCGGGGAGCCGAAACCGAAAAAGCCCAAGACGAUCGAGAAGAGUCCUCAGAAGAAUACCAUUGGGAAUUACUUUCAGAAAACUUGA